AUGGCUGGCCGCAAGCGACCUGUCACUCACGUUGACAUGCUGAACCAUCUCGGGGCGAGCGAACGGGUUCCUAAGAGGCACCCGAUCAACCGAGUUACUAACGUGUGCGGCGUGCCAACGAAGGAGACCAGGCGCGAAGUGCAGAAGCGUGGCUGCACGUGGAAAUCCUGCGCAGCUGUGCCGCUGCGAGCCUGCGUCUCUCCUGGCGUUUCGGCUCCAGAUAUCAUGUACAAACAGCAAGGAGCAGGCAUCUUGAUCGAUGGUGUCAAGGUGUCGGAUCUGAGUGGACGAAGGAAAGGCCGGUGGCUUCCAUUCCUGCCCCGACUUCUCCAAGAAGCCGUAGCCCCACAAGGUCGGCGUUGGCCGGUACAUGUGGGCACGUAUCUCCUUCCCCCUCACGCCGGGACAGGACCCGAGGGGAAAAGUCUCGAGACUCUUGACCAAGUCUUCAAAUGGACCUAUGGCGACCCGGUCAUUACUCACUGUGGAUCCAGGCUCGUGCACGCCAGUCAGUCGCCAGGCCCAACAUCCGGAUUCCGGGAUUGGCCGAACGGGGGAAAGGGCAAUCUUGCGACUCUGCAGACUGGUCCCCCCCCGUGCCCCCCUUCACUCCAGAGUCUCCCAUCUGCCAUCACCAUUCCUUUUCCAGCCGACUCUUCCACUCGCCCCCUGGCUCUCCCACCCCUCCCACAUCCAGUUUGGCGGGCCACAGGUGAGUCGACGUCAGGAUUUAUCUCACACAAACUUGCAUCCGAUGCCUACUCGACCGCCCUCCCCCACUGCGACUUGACUCGACACUCGACACUCGACAGCCAGAACCAGGGCACACGCGAAGCACUCCGACGCACGCCGCAUUCUUCCCGACGUACAGCAGCAUCCCGCAGCAAAGACUCAGUCAGCCAACUUCCUCAUCCCCAUCCAUCCCGCCCGUAUCGCGCCUGCGCUGCAAGUCUGCACCUCCACGCCGAUCACUCAUCCGAGUCCACCCCAAGGCGCUUCCGCGAUCGAAAUACCGCGCGCAGGAUCGAGACUGGCUCUUCACCCGCCAAGCACCAUAUAUCACCCACGAUAACGACUCUCCUACAUUCAUCGCUACUCGUUCCCCGGAACGACGUUUCUACACGCUGA